GCAGAGAACCAGAAAACAAAGGAGAAGUGUGACAAAAUUAGGCAAGAACGAGAUGAAGCUGUUAAAAAACUGGAAGAAUUUCAGAAGAGUCCCUGAGUGGUGUAAGCAGUUUGCGAUUGGCCGCUUACCUGCAGGUUGGCUGUUUGAACCCACCCAGCUGCACUGCAGAAGAAAGGCCUGGUGAUUUGCUUCCAUGAAGAUUAGAGCCAAGAAAAUUCCAUUGAGCAGUUCUACUCUGUAAACACAUGAGAUCGCCAUGAGUUGAAAUCGAUUCAGCAGCAAUGAGUUUGGGAUUUUUGGGGUUUUAGUCAUCCAAAUAUGUAAAUGUUAUAGGAAUAGUGGUCAGGGAUUAUGGAUAUUAUAAGACUCACUCAAGUUCAGGUCCAUAAGGGACCCCAUAAAAUGAACAACUAAAGAUUAAAAACAAAACUCGUAUCCUUUGAAAGGUGCAAAUAAAUUCAUAUAUAAAAAAAUAUUUCUUUUUUGGGUCAUGUGACAUGACUUUUGGUUUUAGAAAUGGAAUUGUGCUUUUUAAAGAUGUAAGUGUCCUCUGAAACAUACUCUUAACCUUCUAAACCUAGAAAGUUGGUAAGUUGGUUUCUCUGCUACCGAUGUAGCAUUGGGAUAAUUUCUUAAACUAACAAUAAAAGCACGAUGUUUCAUUUCCAUUGUUCCCCCUUCUGAGGAAGACAUAAAAUUCCUACCCAGUGGAGUGUACCAUAUCAGCAUUGGAGAAAGUGUGGGCAGUGCUACCUAGCUAAGUUUAUCGAGUGAAAUUACAUGGCAGCUUUUUACAAAACGUUUAGAAAAUAAACGUUGUUUUCCCUUUUGCCAGGCCUAAACCUUGCUACUGUGGAAUGAUUUUUCUUAUUCUUCCAUGAGCAAGAAUGUUAUUGAAUAAAAAGUCAAAUUCCUCUGAAAAAUGCAGAGUGUUUAUGUUUUUGUGAUGAUAGUGGAAAUACCAGAUUGUGGCAGAAGAUGUCAAGUAGUUAAGGCUAAAAAUUCAAAGUAAUAUUUGAUGUUGUAAAAAUUGUAUAGGUUUCUUUUCUCUUUCCUUCACGUUUUUGAAGAACCUACCUUGUAAACAUAGUGAUAAAAUGCCAGGAAUAUUAGGAUUUUAAGGAAAUAAUAGAGCCUAUUAUUUAAACUACAAUAUAAAAGGCAAUUAUAUUGAUGAAGAGCUACAUGGGCUUUGUGUGUGUGAAUAAACUUGGCCUGUGUUCAGCUUCUAUUUGUUCUUCUGGCAUAAACACAUAUUGUGUGUGAUUCCAGUUUAAUGGGGACCCGUUUGUAUGCCAAGCAGCUGCAUUUUAGGGCCUAUUGCGUGAUUUCAUAGCUCUCUGAAAAUUGGUUCUAUUCAGAACAAGAGAUAGAAGAGAAGGAGGGGGGCAUUGGGAGGGGGGGAGCUUCAACACACAAUCAUUUCUUUUCAAUUGGAGCCAGAAAGGUUGAUGACAACAUGACCAUUGUGUUAUAAUGAUAAGACCACUAAGGCAUCUGUACCUCUCAUCAAGGCUUUCACACAACAGCAGAUACAAUUUAAUUCACUGCUCUGUCAGCAGUGCUGAUACCAUUAUGCCGUCUGUCUCCACAGUUAUAAUCACUGUCCUCUGAGAAAUGCAGUUGAAAUGAUCUUGAGCAGUCAAAGAAACUCUCAAUUAAGGCUGCCACUUCCAAUGUGUCAGAUUGUGUCUUAUGCACUUGGUACAAUUUUCACUUCCAAUCCUGUUUAUUUACAAUGUCUACCAGUAAUUACGCUUAACGUGUCAUUUAGUGAGGGGGGCCCCUGCCAAGCCGAUUGUUGGGUGCUGCUGUACCAUUGAGUGGGAGUUUCUCGAAGUCAAUGCCAUCAGCAGCUUUUAGGCCCUGAUGGGAUGCAGUAGUAAUGUUGAUAAUGCAAGUAUCGUGCUCAUCAAGUCAUAAUUAGAUGCCACUCAAAUGUGCCACUUGUAAUAACAGUGUUGAUUCAUGUUUUUCUCGGUGACUGCAACUACUAAUUAGUUAAGUGGUUUUUGGUUGGCCUGCAUUUGCUGCAGAUUAUUAUUACCCCUGAAAAAAUGUCAAGGUUAGAGAUGUUUCUGGCCAUUUAGUGCUGCUUUAUGAAUUUGAAUAUUAACAUAAUAAGAACUUUGGACAGACUUAGGAAGUAAUAUAUUUUUGUAUUUAAUUUGGAGAGAAAUUUUUCCCCUGAGUUUAAUCAUAAUUGCAGGUUAAUUAAGCUUAAAUGAAGCAAAAGUAAUCUCUCUUUGUGUUAUGUGAGCCCAGUGCUUUUUGCCUAACCUUGUUGGUUUUCACGUUUGGGUGUCCUUUAAUUUUUUUUUUUUUUUUAAGACAAACACAUGUCAAUAAGUAUACAUGUCUACAGUUAGCUUUGCAAUCCUGAAUAUUUUCUUUUAACUAGAAAUAUGGAUGGGAAAGAAUUGGCAUUUUUCUUACUUGAACUUCAAAACAUAAUUCAAAUUCCCAGUAAGUUGGUACCUUUAAAUCUCAGUUUAUAUAAACCAGAUACCAAAAAUCUAAAAAGUGCUAUUUUUCAAGCAUGGGUAAAAUCUCAAGUAAAUUUUUGUUUCUUCUAAUCCUCCUGACAAUCUGUGAUGCAGGAAGCAAUUUCUUAGCAUCUGCUUUCAUCAUCAUAUAGUACAUAAAUCUUUUUGCUAUGCUUUACUGCCCUGAGUUUAUUAAAUACUAGGAACGACCGUCACUAAUAAGGAGUACUGUUGGCAAUACUUAGCUGAGCUGCCACAUCGUUAUGACAGCCAUGAGAUGCAUUUAAGACUUGCUUUUCUUUUACUUCUAAUUAGCUAGUUUUCCUUAUUAGAUCCAUGUGUUGUAUCCUGCUAAGAAAAGGAAAUCAUGUUUACCACUUCUCUUUAUUUAUGAUAGAUUCUUUUGUUUAAAUUAGCAGAUAUGUCUAUGGAUAUGUAUACAGCUACAUAGAUAAUAACAAUUAAAAAAGAAAAAAUGAAACCCAUUGCCGUUGAGUCGAUUUCGACUGGUAGCAAUGCUAUAGAACAGAGUAGACCUGCCCCACCGGGUGUCCAAGACUAAAUCUUCAAGGAAGCAGACUGCCACCUCUUUCUCCUGAAGAGCAUCUAGUGGGUUUGAACUGCCGACCUUUCGGUUAGCAGCCAAGCUCUUUAACCAGUGUGGCAGUAGGACCCCUUAGACACUUAUAAAAAGUCUCCUAAGUGGCUUUCUUAAAAUGUGUGUAAUAGCAGUAAAGUUUCUUCAUUGUCUUCUUUUUUCUUUCUGUGUUCAAAUGUUAGCUACAGUUUUAUCAGGACACUUAAAAAAACUCUUUCAAUGACAGUUAAAGGUCUGGCUAGCUAAAGAAUUGAAGUAUUCUUAAUCAUGGGACAUGAUGCGUGGGCUUCUGAAAUAGCUGACUAAUCUUUGAAUGCUGAGAUUUUUUUUCCCCCUCCUUCCUAGUUUCUCACAUGGUUAUAGAGGAAGUUAAUUUUAUGCAGAACCAUCUUGAAAUAGAGAAGACUUGUCGAGAAAGCGCUGAAGCUUUGGCAACAAAGCUAAAUAAAGAAAAUAAAACCCUGAAGAGAAUCAGCAUGUUAUACAUGGCCAAGCUAGGACCAGAUGUGGUAACUGAAGAGAUCAACAUUGAUGACGACGAUUCAGCUACUGACACAGACGGCGCUGGCGAGAGUUGCAUCUCAGUGCAGUGUCAGAAGCAAAUCAAAGAACUUCAAGAUCAAAUUGUAUCUAUUCAGGAGGAAAAGAAGACGUUAGCCAUUGAACUGGAAAAUCUCAAGAGCAAACUUGUAGAAGUAAUUGAAGAAGUAAAUAAAGUCAAACAAGAAAAAGCUGUUUUAAAUUCAGAAGUUCUUGAACAGAGAAAAUUCUUAGAAAAGUGCAAUAGAGUAUCCAUGCUGGCAGUAGAAGAAUAUGAGGAAAUGCAAGUAAACCUGGAAUUGGAAAAGGACCUUCGAAAGAAAGCAGAGUCAUUUGCACAAGAGAUGUUCAUUGAACAAAACAAGCUAAAGAGACAAAGCCACCUUCUGCUACAGAGCUCUGCUCCUGACCAGCAACUUUUGAAAGCUUUAGAUGAAAAUGCAAAACUCACCCAGCUCCUUGAAGAAGAGAGAAUUCAGCAUCAACAAAAGGUCAAAGAAUUAGAAGAACAACUAGAAAAUGAAACACUCCACAAGGAGAUCCAUAACCUCAAACAGCAGCUGGGACUUCUAGAAGAAGAUAAGAAGGAGUUGGAGUUGAAGUAUCAGAAUUCUGAGGAGAAGGCCAGAAAUUUAAAGCAUUCUGUUGAUGAACUCCAGAAACGGGUGAACCAGUCUGAGAACUCAGUACCUCCACCACCUCCUCCUCCACCACCACUUCCCCCGCCACCUCCCAAUCCUAUCCGAUCUCUCAUGUCCAUGAUCCGGAAACGAUCCCACCCCAGCGGCAGCGGUGCUAAGAAGGAAAAGGCAGCCCAACCAGAAACAACUGAAGAAGUCACAGAUCUGAAGAGGCAAGCAGUUGAAGAGAUGAUGGAUAGAAUUAAAAAAGGAGUUCAUCUUAGACCAGUUAAUCAGACCGGCAGACCGAAAGCAAAGCCAGAAUCUGCCAAAGGCUCUGAAAGUGCAGUGAAUGAACUAAAAGGAAUACUGGGGACACUUAACAAAUCCACUAGUUCAAGAAGCUUAAAAUCCCUUGACACUGAAAACAGUGAAACUGAGUUAGAGAGGAUUUUGCGUCGCAGAAAGGUGACAGCAGAAGCAGAUAGCAGUAGUCCAACCGGGAUAUUAGCCACCUCAGAGUCCAAAUCCAUGCCGGUGUUGGGUUCUGUAUCCAGUGUAACAAAAACAGCCUUGAACAAGAAAACUCUGGAGGCAGAAUUCAACAGCCCGUCCCCCCCAACACCUGAGCCAGGUGAAGGGCCCCGUAAAUUGGAAGGAUGCACAAGUUCCAAGGUUACGUUUCAGCCUCCCAGUAGCACUGGACGCAAGAGAAAAGACGUGGGCAGUGAAGAACAAGCUGGACCAGUUAUAGUUUUAGAUCCUAUUUCCACACAUGCAUCCGAAACCAAAGAUCAGGUAGCUGAAAAAGAUCCAGCUCAACCCAAGGAGGAUGAAGGCAAAACUAAACCAGAAUGCAAAGAAGACAGCAUGGAAAAAAUCAGAGAGACAGACAGCUCCAGCUGCUGAUCUGUACACCAGGAGGCCCACGUAUUCGCAAGUCCUUUACAAUAAGCACAUGAUUAGUUCUGGCCUAUUGGCAAGGGCUAUAGACAUUCUGUUCUUGUAACUCUAUUCAGAAUACAGAUUCUUUUUAAAUGUCACUUUAUAAGUAUGUAUUUCAACUAUAAACAUAAGUAAGCUAUUUAGCAAAACAACACAAGUAGUUUUUGGUUUUGAUCUUUAUAGGGAUAAGAUUUUUCCUAGUUACUGUAUUAAGUGUGGCUUCUUUUAAAAGGGUUACAAAAAAUCCAGAUGUUGGUAUCUUUUUAGAUAAUGUGCAUACCACUCAUCAGAUGUAAUACUGAACGUUUUUGGUACUUGUGGGAUAACUGGACAAACAAAACUAAGUGUGACUUAAAGGUCCCCAAAGAAGCUUCUGUUUUGGAUCUGAUCCACUUUUGAUGGAGAAAUUGCAGUAGCAUGGGAACUGUUGGGCUUUGUGGCAUACAAGUGACUUUCCUGGGGAUACUGAGAUAAGCUGAAAAUCCAGGAGCUGGCAUCAAAUUAGUGGUCCCAUAGUCAAUGUUAGUUACACACAUUGUUAACUGUGGGAUGAAAAAUACAUGCUAUCGAUCCUGUCUAAAGCCUCCCAAGGGCUAUGGUGGGAAUACUCUGGUGGCCUGAAGCAGAAUUGAGGGGAAUGCCCAAGUCCAAUCCUUGAAUUCAAUUCAGUACAGUAUUAUCUUGGUAAGCCAUGUGCUCUGUGCUGUGAGUUAAUUGUGUUUUCUCAUGUACUAAUGUGCCACAAGUACCAUAUUUUACCACAGUUCUUAUGUACAGUGAAGACAAGUGACAAGCAGUUUUCUUGCUUCGCUGCCGUUCUACAUUACACAGGAUUUUGUGUGUGUGUGUUUUUAAAGAAAUUAAGUGGUAGUUAGUCUCUAAAAAUACAACGUUUCAGGCUACCACAGUGAAUAAAUAGAAAUGUAAUCAGGGAUUUUUUUUUUUUUUUCAUU